AUGAGUGGUGAGGUGGGAGACGGUGUUACUGUUGUAGAGAAAGUCAGAGUCCAUCACUACAGUGUUCAUGCACCUGCGGUGCGCGCGUUCGAAGACUCAUACGCCGGCCGUACAUCCAUCAAGAAGUGUCUUCGGUUCCUGACCCCGUCUCGCGCUCGUCUCCGCUCGCCCUCAGGCGCCGAGUUGGUACGCUCUUCCUCGCUAGAACCUGCGGUACUGGAAUCUCUCGCACUCUUCGACGCACGCCGCCAGCAGAGCUCUGCCGCGAAGACGUGGUCUGUUGUUGAAAAGCUUGAAGAGUUCAGACCUGAGGACAAGAUAGGGCGUGCUGGGUAUUGGAAAGUCGUGAGCGAUGCACCGCAUUUGGCCCGGCGAGUCAUGCUAGCCGAACAAGAGACAGGUAGGAAUGAACCACAAGGGGCUCUUCAAAAAGGGCAACACAGUACGGGAUUGGACGGGAGGUGA